AUGAAAUUAGUUAACUCGGAAUACCAGAUCUUUAACUAAGAUGAUACAAGUUAAACAAUUGAUAAUCUUAGGUAGUUCUACUCCCUUGAGAGAACAAUUUGUUUUGAAAAAAUGUUUGUAGAUGAACCUACUCAUUACAAAUUAUUUAAAGCAAUUGAUUUUUUACUAAGGAUAGCAAUUAUUAUUUACGUUAGUGUGAAUCAAUUGGAAGAUCCUAUAAGUUUAGGCUUAGGUAUAGUAGCAGCAAUUUAAACUGGAUUAAAUAUUGCGAUCAAUUACUAUUACUACUAGGCAUACUAAUAAACUAUGUUCUUAGGUUAGAACUCAUUUACUAAAACCAUUUUGAACAUAGUUUCUUCACUUAUAUAAGUUGACUGGGUGCUAUUCACAAACCAGUGCAAAUUCAAUUAAAAGGGCUAGCAUGACGUUACUAAUUAUGAUUAUUCAACUGUAUAGUGGGUUUAUAUUAAAAGAUUAGCUAUAGCUGCAAGAAUUCACUUGAUAACAUAUUGCUUUUUUUACUUUUCUUCUAGCAUCAACAAUUUCUCUUAUGUUGUCUUCUCUCUUUCUUUUGUGUUGAUGAUAUACUAUAACCAUUUGAAUUCAAAUAAAUUUAUUUCAUCUUCUCUAUAAUCCCAACAACCUAAAUUAGAUUAAAUUAUCACAAACAUAGAACUCAUUAUAUAAUUUCUCUAGUCUCUUCUCUUUACAAUUUACAUUGGUGCUGCAUCUCUAGCCUGGGUAGCAGUUUUCCUUCCUUCUACAACUGUCCUUUUUUCCUUCCUUUCAUUCAUUGAUUCAAGGUUCAAGUUCGAGCCCUUCACAAUUGGAGUUAUUGAGUACAUUUUCUUAGGAUCUAACACCUGUCACUUGAUGCCUAUCUUAAAGAAUGACUUCUCCAUGGCCCAAAUUCAUAUUAGCGGCGUUUUGAAGUUAUUCUUUUUAAGCAUAUUUUGUAUCGCUUAGGCAUCUAUAUAAGGAUUGAUAAUUUCUUAAGGCAGAGACAAAAUGCCAGAAGGCGCUUUCGAAUUAUAGGUGGCGUUGGUUUCAAUAAUAAAUCCUAUUAUGCUGAUUAAAUCUACUAAAGUAGUAAUGCAUUUUUUCUAGUAGAUCACCAUUUAAACUAAUUCAUUUAAAGAUAUUUCUCCAAAUUAAUUUAAAAACUAACCUAAACAAGUAGUUUACUAUCAAAAUAAUAAAAUUUUAUCACCUGAAGAUUUGAAUGUUUUCGAACAGCUAAUUAACAAGGACGUUAGAGAGUACUAUAUCUUCAUAAACAACUCUUUCUGCAUCUAAACCUAUCAUAGACAUGCUUAAAUCACUGUAUCUAGCAUGAAAGAUCCCAAAGACAACGAAAAUUUAAACAUAAUAUGCCUCAGUCUUCUAAACAAAGCCAAAAGUUUAACCAUUAAGUUGAAUAUGAACCCCUUAAGUCACCAACAUAAAGAUAUAGACAGAUUCUUUAUUUUUUUACUAAAAAAUAUGAUGAAUCCAAGUGAAUCAAUAAUCUCAUUUGAUCAAACGCUAUUAAUCAAUUUCAUUAUUGAGGGUAACAAAACAAAAAAAUUAAUUAAUAUUGAUGAAAUCUUCAACUAUCCAAAAAAAUCAAUUCUUGAAUUUAUUGUUUUCGAAAAAUAUCAAAUGCCUUUCCUGCUUAAUAAUCAUCAUUAAAUUUACUACGACCUCUUUGAGGAAAUGUGA